GCUCCGUCAAGUGUGAAUGGGUUGAUAUUCUCUGUAUUGUAUUCGAGGAUCAUGCUUUUUCCCUUGUAUAUGUUGAAGCCUACUGAUUCAUAGAUUGCUGCUACACUAGUUUUCGUCACCUACAUUUGUUGAUGUGUAUGUAAUAGAAUGGCUAGGUUAUCUGCGAAGUCCCAAUCAUCUAGUUGUAUCCAACCUGUGGAUUGCAUCCCGUGCUUCUCCUGAGAUGUGGAGGUCCUCACGAUCCAGUUGACCACUGGAAGGAAAAGAAAUUGAGAGAGUAAGCAUCCUUUUCCAAUUCCUAUCUUCACUUGCGAUGCAUCUGUCAGUUGUCCUCCACGCACCACUGUGCAGUGUAGUCUAUCGUAUGAGUUUCCGAGGAUGUUGACAAUCUUCUCAGGUACACCAUAUUGCGAAGAGGGUUCCAUAAGGUUCUCCUGUUCACGCCGUAAAACGUCUUUUCAUAGUCGAGGAAGUUGAUGUAUAAUGGCGAGUUCCAUUCAACCGAUUGCACAACGAUGAUCUGUAGUGUCGCGAUUUGGUCUAUGCACAACCGACCCUUAUGGCGUUCGGUCUGUUGAUCUGGAAGUUGGACGUUCAUUCAGUUCGGCAACAUUCUGCUGAAAACUACUUCUGGUACCGAUAAUUGUGUGAUGCCUCUGUAGUUCUCACAUUUGCUUAGAUCUCCUUCUUUUGUUUUCUUGAUGAGGUACCUUGAGUCCUCCGAGUUUGUCGGUAUCUGGAAGGAUGACUGUAUUAAACUUUCACAAUUCUGUCUCUCUCUGUCCAGUGUUUCUUCGAUUUCAGUUUCAUCGUUGCCACAACUAGGUGGUGAUCCGAAGCUAUGUCAGCUCUUUUCUUGGUUCUCACGUUUUCCAUGGAUCCUCUGAAUUUUUUAUUGAUGCAAACAUGGUCGGUCCUGUUCUCUGUAGUUUGGUCCGGUGAAACCCAUAUAGCUUUGUGUAUACGUUUGUGGUGGGAAAUUAUGUCACCUGUGGCCAUGUUGUUGAAAACACAUUAAUCUAUAAGUCCCUCACCAUUCUUGUUCCCUCCUCCGAUUCCAUGUCGUCCCAUGACAACUGCAACCCCACUUGGUGAAUGCAUAACACUGGAUAACAUUCAUUGUGAUCCUUUCCUUUGUUUUGUAGAAUGUUUUGACGGUUCUACAUCCAUGAGACUCCCAUCCUAACAGUGCUUUCCAUGCUUCUUCAGACAGCAUUAUAGCAAAUCGCUCACUGUGAGUAGCACCUUCCUCAUCGUGCCUAGGGUACAUCAGCAUCUCUACCGUAUCUAGCCUAUCCUGAUCAGCUUGGAUGCAAUGGGUUGCACCAGCUGUUGAGUGGCUUGUUAAAUUGGGUCAAGAAUUACAGCUCAUGUGCAAUGUCGUUGAAAUCGUUCCAGAUAAUCCUAUCGUCAUCAUGCGUUGGGAUGGAUAUCAACCGGAAUUACCAGCAAUCAUGUUAAAUUCACAUAUGGACGUAGUACCAGUAGUCGAAGAAAAAUGGUCAUAUCCUCCAUUCAGUGGUACAAUUACACCUGAUGGUAAAAUAUACGGUCGAGGUACUCAGGUAAUUAAAUCUCAUGAUUAUACUGUUCGCUAG